CCCGGAAAUACAGAAUACAGUCCAUGGGUUGUGUACAAGUCGGUGAAUGUCUGACCGCACCGAGUUGGUAUUUUCCCCGGAAAGCAAUGGAUCUUGAAAGUGAGGACAAACAGACAAAGGCAGAUGGAGGUUCGGGUUCAGACCUCGGUGUUGACCCGCAGAUGCCAGUGCUGCGCAUCAACCAGCUGGACGCCUUUGAGUUGGACUCAACACUUGAGCAGCUGGUGUGGACCCAGUUCUCCCAGUGCUUCCAGCACUGCCGCCCAGGCCUGCUCACACCUGUGGAGCCCGAGCUGAGGGCUCUGCUCCAGCUGCUCCUGUGGAGGUUCACCCUGUACUCCAACAGCGCCACGGUGGGCCAGUCUCUACUCGGCCUGCGCUACCACAGCAUGCUGUCCUCCUCUCCCCACCACUACAGACCCCUGUCCCGCAGGCAGAAACUGGCUCUGGCUCUGCUCUCUGUAGGACCCCGCUGGCUACGGGAGCGCUCCCACAGCCUGCUGCUGUGCCUGGGUUUGGGCUCGAGCGCAGGAGUGCCCCCAGCCACAGGAAGCGCCGGGACGCUCCAGCAGGGUCUCCGUCGUUCCCUGGCCUUCAUUUCUGGUGUCGCCCAGCUCGCCGGUCUCAUCAACUUCCUCGUGUUCCUGAGGAAAGGUUCCCACCCCAUGCUGGCGGAGAGGAUUGUGGGAACACGGGCGGUCUUCAGCCAGCCCAACACGGGCCGGGAUGUAACCUACCAGUACAUGAACCGUGAGCUGCUGUGGCACGGUUUUGCUGAAUUCCUCAUCUUCCUCUUACCAUUGAUCAACACGAGUAAAGUGAAGGCAGCCGUGUAUUCGUUUAUGUUUUCCAGAGAGGGCAGAGACGAGGAGGGAGCGAGGGAGGGGCCGGGACUGUGGAAAGAGUGUGGGCUGUGCGGAGAGUGGCCCACCAUGCCUCAUACGGUGGGCUGCCAGCACGUCUUCUGCUACUACUGCAUCAAGAGCCACGCCAUCGCCGACGCUUACCUCACGUGCCCCAAGUGUGGUGCACCGGCAGGACAGCCAGUACCAGUGAAGCUGGAGGUGGAGAUGAGUGCCAGCUGAUGAUGCCAGAGCAAUAAAUCACUUCCUGCUGUGUAGGAAAUGAUUUGAAAUUAUUGUUAAAUUGCAGGGACCCUCGGCUGUGUGAAAAUUUCGGGGCUUUGUGGGCUCAUAUGCUGUAGUUGUACAAAUGGACUUGCAGUGAACACACUCAAGACUCAUCACCUUUGUGUAAUUACAAAUAUAUGUCUUGAAGUUUACCGUAUUAUUAAUAAGUUAAUAAAGUUACCUUUAGAAUAACUUAACAUAACAGAUAGAACUAGUUUGUGAAUGGGCCUCCCUAUGGAGGAUUCACAAGCAAAGCGUGUAUGAGAAUACGACCGGACUUCAGUCUCUAUGAUGCCUGCGUCUUUUCUGAACACACAUCGACCUGCUAUGUUUAAUGUAUGUGUGCAUAUAUUGACAAUCCUCUGGCCCUUCUGUUUCUCUGGCUGGACUUUGGACAGAACUAUUUGUCUUUGGUGCACUGGACUGACUGCAGAGAACCACACAGAGCAUAUAUUUGAUGAAGGAACAUGUUGAUUUAUGCUCCAAAUUGUGUGUGUGUGUGUGUGUGUGUGUGUGUGUGUGUGUGUGUGUGUGUGUGUGUGUGUGUGUGUGUGUGUGUGUGUGUGUGUGUGUGUGUGUGUGUGUGUGUGUGUGUGUGUGUGUGUGUUUGUUGAAAUGGGAAUAUUUGUUCUGAUGAAAAAUGCAGAAAGUCAGCUGAAUAAAUAAUGGGAGGAAUUUCUGAUGCCUCUCAUCAUGGCCAAA